UUUUUUUUUUUUUAUGAGUAAUGUGAUUAUAAUCAACAUUCUCGGUAUAACAUUGAAUGGAAUAAUUUCUCCUCAUCAGUCUUUCUCUGUGGCAGUUAAAUUUCAGAGUUUCAGUUUCCCCUCCAAUUGUCGUCAAAUUCUUUAUUAUUUCUGUGGAAGAAAAACCCUAACAGCCUCCAUUCAUCAUUAUCUCUCACACCCUCUCUUUCUCUCUGACAAAAUCACCCCUUCGAAGGUUGAAGUUGAAGUUCGUGCUCAUGUGUGGCGCUAAAUUGAUCCUAAACAACAAUGCUUUGAUCAAUCAAUCUGCCAAUCCUUCAAUCCCUCACUAAAGUUAACGCUAUGAGCGAUUCGCAGUCCUCCUCCUCCUCCUCCGACUCCGCCAUCGAUCAGAAUGUAAGGAGAAGUCAUAGAAGUGGCAGCGGUGGUCAAACUUUGGCUUCUGACUUACCAAGGCAUUGGCAUGAUGUUUUCUGGUUAGGGAUCUUCUUACUUCAUUUGAUCGGAUUAGGAUUUGGUCUUACAGUUGUUGGGCUCAAUAGGUUUAAGAAAUCAGAUAGGUUUAAUCUUGAUAGAUUUGCCACUGGUUCCGUGGGAAAUAAUAGGGGAUUGACUGAGGAUUAUUGGCCAAUGUAUGCUCUUGCUGGUGGAGUUGGAACUUUACUUGGGUGGACUUGGUUGUUGUUACUUGGUUCUCGUGCAAAUCAGAUGAUGAAGAUCUCAGUCCAUAUUUUGACUACUUAUCUUGCUGUGAUCAGUGUGUUGUGUUUCUGGUGUGAGCAGUUUUUCUGGGGUGUUGCAUUUGCGAUUGGUGCUGCAUUGCAAUUUUUGUAUGUCAUAUCUGUCAUAGACAGACUUCCAUUUACCAUGCUGGUGCUGCAAAAAGCUGUGAAGAUGGUAUGGAGUCUACCUGAAGUUAUGAGAGUUGCAUAUGCAUUCAUGCUAGUUAUGCUUUUAUGGAUGGGAAUAUGGUCUUUUGGAGCAGCUGGUGUUCUGGCUUCUAGGAUGGAGGAUGGUGUACGCUGGUGGCUUCUUGUGAUUCUCUCAGUAAGCUUAUUCUGGACGGGUGCAGUCCUCUGUAACACUGUACAUGUUAUAGUGUCUGGGAUGGUGUUCCUUGUUCUUAUUCAUGGUGGUCGAGAAGCAGCAUCAAUGCCUCCUAACCCAUUGAUUAAGUCUUUAAGGUAUGCUGUGACAACAUCUUUUGGCAGCAUUUGCUAUGGAUCACUGUUCACAGCUGCAAUUAGGACAUUGCGGUGGGAGAUCAGGGGAUUGCGGUCAAAGAUUGGCAGGAAUGAGUGCUUGCUUUGCUGUGUUGAUUUUAUGUUUCAUCUCGUGGAGACUCUUGUCCGGUUUUUUAACAAGUAUGCCUAUGUCCAGAUAGCUGUUUAUGGCAAAAGUUUUAACCAUUCAGCAAGGGAUGCCUGGGAAUUAUUCCAAUCAACUGGAGUUGAAGCACUUGUGGCUUAUGAUUGUUCAGGUGCUGUUCUAUUGAUGGGAGCAGUUUUGAGUGGGCUUAUCACUGGAACUUGCUCAGGUGUUUGGACUCAUAUUAAAUGGAGUGACAGAGUAAUCAUGAUAGGAUCCACUGCAAUGUUGAUGGGAAUGGUGUUGGUUGGAUUAGCCAUGGUUGUGGUUGAGAGUGCUGUUACAUCCAUAUAUAUCUGCUUUGCAGAAGACCCCUUGUUGAUUCACAGAUGGGAUGCUGAAUUCUUCAACCAGUUGUCUGAGACACUGCACCAGCGUUUACAACAUAGGAGUGACCGAGCAAGGGAAGUAUUGACUCACAAUGGAUUUGAUAUUCACAUACAAGAAACUAUCCCUGUCUGAUUACUCAUCUUUAUUUUUUGAUCCAAGUAAGUCAAUCUUAUAUUUAGUUUGGAAUAUUUGUGAACUGCGGUACAUAGAAAUGAAAAUUAUUGAUAGUCAAUAAGGUUGGAAUGAUGUGUUUUUGGAACUGUCAUGUUAAGCAAAUUUAGAUAGCCGAUUGGUUUCAAAAUUGUUUCGAGUCGAUGAAUAUUAUUAGUUCAAAUUGCAGGCUCUUUUGUUGAAUGUCUUUUUCAUUUCAUCGAUUACAAACAAAUCUUAUUAUAUUAUCUGGUCUUUUUUCCCCUCAA